AACAAAAUGAACAGGGGAAUAACACAUUUAACAGGCCUGAACUUGCUCUUUCAGUUCGUAACCUGUUCAAGACUGGUGUGUUACUUCACAAACUGGUCUCAGUACAGAGCAGGAACUGCUAAGUACCUUCCUGAGAAUGUGGACCCAAACUUGUGUACUCAUUUGAUCUAUGCAUUUGCCAUUGUAAACUAUGCCAGUAACAUAGCAGGCAGUGAGUGGAAUGAUGUGGCCCUUUACUCGACCUUCAAUGCACUUAAGAACCGAAAUCCUCACCUAAUAACCUUGUUGUCCGUCAGAGACCAGGACUCGAACCAAUUCUCCAUUAUGCUGUCCAACUGGACAAACCGUCAGACUUUCAUCAAGUCUUCUAUAGAAUUUCUGAGGAAGUAUAACUUUGAUGGGCUGGAUUUGGACUGGGAAUACAAAGGCACUUCAGAGACGCAUUCAGAAGAAAAACUGAAAUUCACUCUACUUUGCAAGGAACUUCUGGAGGCAUUUCUAGCUGAAGGCCAGUCAAACAAAGAUGCCAGACUGAUUCUAACAGCAACUGUUUCAGCACAGAAAGAAGUUAUAGAAAGGAGCUACAAUAUUCCAGAGAUCUCAAAGUACUUGGACCUUAUUAGUGUCAAGACAUUUGAUUUUCAUACGUUUAACGAUGGCAUUGCAAGACAUCACAGCCCUUUGUACAGUGGCAUCCAAGACGAAGAGGAUAUCAACUCAAACACCGAUUCUGCACUAAAAUACUGGAGAUUCAAGGGAGCUCCUCCCGAGAAGUUGUUGAUGGGCUUUGCCACGUAUGGACGUUCCUUCAUCCUCACCUCCUCUCAGAGUGGAGUUGGAGCCCCAGCCAAUAACUUGGCUUCUCCUGGACCUUAUACACAAGAGAUGGGCCUGUGGUCUUACUUUGAAAUAUGCCUUUUCCUAAACGGCGGGGUAGUACAGUGGAUAGAAGACCAGAAAGUUCCUUUUUCUAUUAAAGGAGGUGAUUGGGUGGGCUUUGACAAUCUGAGGAGCUUUGAAAUUAAGAUAAAAUACUUACAGGAACAUGGCUUUGGAGGUGCAUUUGUAUGGGCUCUAGACCUGGAUGAUUUUUCUGGAUAUUUCUGUGGACAAGGCAAUUACCCUUUAGUCAACCACCUGAAGAAAUGGUUAAUCCUUGGAUAUUUUAUCCCACAUUGA